GCGCGCCACACCCUCGGCGCUGAGCUCGACUGCUGGAUGUCAUGAGGCCCCCGACGCCGGGCGCUCGCACGCAUCUGCUGGGGUCCCGAUGGCGGAGCUGGACAGCCUGGAGUUUGGGAAGUCGGACUUUGUUCUGCUGGAUGAGGUGAACAUGGAGCAGUUCCUGGCCAACCUGAAGCUGCGGUUUCAGAAGGGCCGCAUCUACACCUACAUCGGGGAGGUGGUGGUCUCGGUUAACCCCUACAGACCAAUGGAGAUCUACGGGACGGAUGCGAUCGUGUCGUACUGCGGCCGGGAACUCUACGAGCGCCCGCCACACCUCUACGCCCUGGCAGAUGCGGCCUACAAAGCCAUGAAGCGCUCGGCGAAGGACACCUGCAUCGUCAUCUCAGGUGAGAGCGGAGCAGGGAAGACGGAAGCCAGCAAGUACAUCAUGCAGUACAUCGCCGCCAUCACCAAUCCCAGCCAGAAGCAGGAGGUCGAAAGCGUCAAGGACGUCCUGCUGAAGUCCAACUGCGUGCUGGAGGCGUUUGGCAAUGCCAAGACCAACCGCAACGACAACUCGAGCCGCUUUGGGAAGUACAUGGACAUCAACUUCAACUUCAACGGAGAGCCGACAGGGGGGCACAUCAACAACUACCUGCUGGAGAAGUCACGGGUGGUGAAGCAGCAGGCUGGCGAGAGGAAUUUUCACACCUUCUAUCAGUUGCUUUCUGGAGGCUCUGAGGAGAUGCUGGAGGCCUUGGGCCUGCACAAGGAUGCCGAUGGCUACCGCUUCACCAGAGAGGGCGCUGUUUGCAAUGCGGUCAGUGAUGACAAGUUGAAUCACCGGGCUGUGCUCCGUGCCAUGCGGGUCAUCGGCUUCAGUGACGAGGAGAUUCAGUCCAUCUACAACCUACUGGGCACCAUCCUACACUUGGGUAACGUGGAGUUUGAGAACGACGAGGACACGGCGGUCAUCCGAGACCUGGACCUCAUGGAUCAGAUCGCCUGUCUAAUCGGGUCAGAGACCGACGCCGUGCAGCGGGCACUGCUGUUCCGUACGGUGGCCACUGGAGUCGGCGAGGUCUUCAACAAAGGGCACAGUCUUGAGGAGGCCCGCUUCGGGAGAGAUGCCUUUGCCAAGGCUCUCUACGAGCGGCUCUUCUGCUGGAUCGUCCGCCGCAUCAACCACGUCAUCGAGGUGAAGGACUACGACCCGGCGCUGCACGGCAAGAACACGGUCAUCGGCGUGCUGGACAUCUAUGGCUUUGAGAUCUUUGACAACAACAGCUUUGAACAGUUCUGCAUCAAUUACUGCAACGAGAAACUCCAGCAGCUCUUCAUCGAGCUGAUCCUUAGGCAGGAGCAGCAGGAGUACCAGCGGGAGGGCAUAGAGUGGCAGCAUAUCGAUUACUUCAACAACCAGAUCAUCGUGGACCUGGUGGAGCAGCCACACAAGGGCAUCAUUGCCAUCCUGGAUGAGGCCUGCCUCAACGUUGGCGCCGUCACUGACACCAUGUUCCUGGACACCAUGGAUGCCAGGCUGAGCAGACAUCCCCACUAUACUAGCCGCAAGCUGUGUGCCACUGACAAGACGAUGGAAUUCCGUAGAGAUUUCCGGAUCCGGCAUUAUGCAGGAGAUGUGACGUACUGUGUCGAGGGCUUCCUGGACAAGAACAAGGACCCCCUCUUCCAGGACUUCAAGCGGCUCAUGUUUAACAGCUCUGACCCAGUUUUAAAGGAGAUGUGGCCUGAGGGACAUCUGAGCAUCACUGAGGUGACCAAGAGGCCUCAGGCGGCAGCGACACUUUUCAGGAACUCCAUGGUGGCACUGGUGGAGAAACUGGCCAGUAAGGAGCCCUACUAUGUACGCUGCAUCAAACCCAAUGAUGCCAAGUGCCCGUUGGCGCUGGAUGAAGAACGGUGCUGUCACCAGGUGGAGUACCUCGGCCUGCUGGAGAAUGUGCGAGUGCGUCGGGCGGGCUUCGCCUACAGGCAGCCGUACGCACGAUUCCUGCUGAGGUACAAGAUGACCUGUGAGUACACCUGGCCCAACCACCUGAUGAGCUCGGACCGCGAGGCCGUGAUGGCCAUCAUCGACCAACACGGCUUCCAGAACGACGUGGCCUUCGGCAUCUCCAAGGUGUUUGUGCGCCACCCGCAGACGCUGUACCAGCUUGAGCAGGAGCGCCUCGACCUCAUCCCCACCAUCAUCCUCUUCCUGCAGAAGGUGUGGCGCGGCACGCUGGCCCGGAGACGCUGCCGCCAAAUGCGUGCCAUCUACGCCAUAAUGGCCUGCUUCAAGCACCACAAGGUGAAGGCCCACUUCCGCGAGGUGGAGCGGCGCUUUGCAAACGUGCGCAACAUGAGUGACUACGGCAAGAGUGUGCCCUGGCCCAGUCCUCCGGCGGUCCUGCGGAGCUUUCAGGAAAACACCCAGUAUCUGUUUCGCAGGUGGUGGGCACGGCAGAUCAUAAAGAACAUCCCACCAUCACACAUGCCGGAGGUGCGGGCAAAGGUGGCCGCCAUGGAAGUUCUACAAGGGGAGAGGACAGAGUGGGGCCACUCGAGGACCUGGGAGCGCAACUACUUGGCCAGUAUAAAAGAUGGGGAGUUCACCAAGGUGGCCAAGGAUCUGCAAAGCAAAGACGCCUACAGUGCCGUGCUCUUCUCCUGCCUCAUCCGCAAGGUCAACCGGUUUAACAAGAGCAAGGAGCGGGCACUGCUGGUCACCGACGCCCUCGUCUACAAGAUGAAGCCAAGCAAGAACUUUAAGGUGCUGAAGAAGGUCCCUCUGAGCGCGGUGACCGGUGUGAGUGUGACCAGCGGCAGGGAUCAGCUGGUGGUGGUGCACACAGUCCAGAAGGACGACAUGGUCAUCUGCCUGCAGGGCAUGGGCACCGACGAGAAUGAGGACCACGUUGGGGAGCUGCUGGGCGUGCUGGCCGACCACUUCAAGAGGGUGAAGAAGCCCCUCCAGGUAGCCGUGCGCCCCUCGGCCAUCCCGCUCCACAUGCGUGGAAAGCAGCGAACGGUCAGCGUGGAGAAGCGAAGCGGCCAGAGGCAGUCGGAGUUCAGCAAGAGUCGAGGCGGAGGCUUCAUCCUCCGUGUGCCGGACCACUGACCGGACGGGCAGGACCCAGUGGGACCCCGGCCCACCACCUCUCAGUUAUGGUGAAGCCCCUCUUCAGGAUAGAGCCAGACGCUCUCGUCAUAUGGGCAGCACCCCCUGCAGGUGGAUGGCUGUGAUGCGCUCAAGAACAGAUUGGGGGGGCCGGGGCCACCUGCUUACAUCUGACCUGGCAGCCUCGGGUGGCUCACCUGCUGUGCCGCGCUGCCCGUGUGUCACAUGACCCGACAGACUGGGGUGGGAGGGGGCAUUUAGGCCACCACAAUGUACAGGCAGUCAAUAAAACAAGGCCAGCAUGAGUGUGCAGAGAUGGCGUGGGCACAGGA